GUUUGUCUGCUAGGCUAGUAAAUUGUAGGUUAUGUUAUGAAAUUAAAAAUAAUAGCUAUUAUUUUUCAAUGGCUAUUAUGACUUCAAAUGACUGCUAAUGCAGUUUUAAAUUAACAAAACGCAACAUUUGGUUAUUUUCCAUUUAACAUGGACAACAGUGGGGUGAUAUUUCACCCUAUUAUUAAUUCUAUUCAAAGAAUGGCUCUUUAUGAAACUAAAUCAAAAUUCUACUUAGUCGGAUCGAAUAAUACACAAACUAGAUUUAGAGUUCUAAAAAUUGAUCGAAUGGAAGCCAAGGAUUUAGAAAUAUAUGAUGAUAAAGUUGAAUACACUGCAGAAGAAAUUCAUAAUUUAAUUAGUAUGAUAGAGUCUGGAAACAGAAGAGCAGGAGGAGGUUUUUCCAAAGUUAUAUCUGCUUUUGGUAUUGUAGGAUUUAUAAAAUUUCUUGAGGGAUAUUACAUAAUUUUAAUAACAAAACGCAGAAAAGUGGCUCUUAUUGGUCACCAUACUAUAUACAAAAUAGAAGAUACGGCUAUGGUGUACAUUCCGCAUGAAACUGUGAGAGUGGUUCAUUCAGAUGAGGCGAGAUAUGUAAAGAUGUUCCAGAAUAUUGAUUUAGCAAGUAAUUUCUAUUAUAGUUACAGUUACGAUUUAACCCAUACACUCCAAUACAAUUUAACUAGUCCUAAAAGGUUCGCUCCAAAUAGUGAAACGGAAGAAAAAGAAUUUAACUUGAAUGAUGAUGAUCUUUCUUCGUCUGUGAUAUCAAAUUCUUCGAACUCCGAAACCCAGAAUUUCGGCGUCAGAACUCAACCGCACAAGAAAUUUGUUUGGAAUUUGCAUUUAUUAAGCGAUAACGUUAAAACGGAACUCCAUCCGGACUGGUUACUGUACAUAAUCCACGGUUUCAUUGGUCAGUCGAACAUAAAAGUCUUCGGCCGUUCUAUAUUCGUUACGCUUAUAGCCCGACGAUCUUGCAGAUACGCGGGAACGAGGUUCCUAAAACGAGGUGCAAAUUUUCAGGGCGACGUCGCCAAUGAGGUCGAAACCGAGCAAAUGGUGCACGAUACUAGCACGUUAUUUUUCAACAAAAGUCACUUUACUUCGUUUGUGCAAAUGAGAGGCUCGAUACCAGGUCAUUGGAAGCAAGAAAUGGGCAAGAUGGUGGCCAAACCGGCAAUAACUAUCGACUUCUACGAUCCUUUUGCCGAAACGGCCGGCGCCCAUUUCAACGAGCUAUUGAAACGCUACGGCGCGCCCAUAAUAAUUUUAAAUUUAGUCAAGCAGCGCGAACGAAAAAAACAAGAACGAUUGCUGAGCGACGAACUCAGCUCGGCCGUUAAGUAUUUGAAUCAAUUUCUGCCGUGCGAACAUCAAAUUAUUUACAAAACUUUCGAUAUGGCCAGAAAGAAUAAGAAUCACUUGGUCAACGUGAUGGAUCAUUUGGCCGAAAUCGCCCGACUGGCCGUCACGAAAGUCGGAAUAUUCCAGAACAAACCCAAGUUUUUUAGUCAACGAGACAGCACCGUUGUGGGACAAAACCAAAAUGGAUUCGGCUGUUUGCAAACUGGUAUCAUAAGAACGAAUUGCGUGGAUUGUUUGGAUAGGACCAAUACCGCGCAAUUUGCUAUUGGUAAAUGCGUAUUAGGUUACCAACUGUGCGCUCUAGGUAUUCUGGACACUCCUGAUCUAGAAUUCGACACAGACUGCGUACGAAUGUUAGAAUCUCUUUACGAAGAUCACGGUGACACGUUGGCUCUUCAAUAUGGCGGCUCGCAACUUGUACAUCGCAUAAAAACGUACAGAAAAACGGCACCUUGGACGUCGCAAGGCAACGACAUAAUGCAGACGUUGAGCCGAUAUUACAGUAACACAUUUUCCGAUGCCGAGAAACAGAAUGCGAUUAAUUUAUUUUUGGGACUUUUCCAACCGGAGGAGGACAGACCUCAAAUAUGGGAGUACACGACCGAUUAUUAUUUUCAUCACAAACCGAUUUUGUUUAGUUUGAAAUCACUCACGCAAUGGUGGGAUGCGGGGGUGGUGAAGAGUUUGCCUUAUGCUUAUAAUGAUUUGACCAAGGCCUGUUCCGAAUUAAUACAGGUGCAUUCCCAGGACGCUGAAAUGAUCGACACUUACGUCGAGUAUUAUAGACCAUACGAACUAACUAUGUUGAGCGAUGUGUUCGCUUUGCAACUAUCCAAUUCCAUUAGAGAUUUUAUGCCCAAUUUUACGACGAAUUACAGUCCUUUCACGUUGCGAAUUAGACCGGUGAGACGUAGGGAAGAAAACGCCAGUAAAUCGAACGCUACUGCUAUGAAAAAUCCGUCCGUUACUGGACAGAGUUCGAUGAGUUCAACAGCAUCAAGUACUAGUUCUAGUUCUGAAAACGAAGAUUCGUACGAAGACGAAGAAAGUUCGAACACAGAGUCGCCGGCUUUGUCUUCGAAAGAUGCUUCUCCUGAACCGAUCACGUUCAGAACUUUGUUUCCUACCAUGAAAGAAGUGUACGGCACCGAAUUGAAGGAACCUAGCGAAAAUGACAUGAAAAUAUAUAAAAAAUACGUCGAUAUAGGAAGAAGAGUACCAUUCGGUAACGCUAAAAGUUAUUUCGAAACAAUUUCCAGCGAUAAAUUCUCGAAGGUUUCGUCUAAAGAUUCCUGUUUCCAAGUAACGCCACCCUCCGUUUCUGCAGCAUCAAUCGAGCUUUAUAGAAAAUAUAUAGACGUGGGAAAACAUGGCGGAUUUACGCCGAAAUCUAGUGAUAUAAGUAUUUAUGAAAGAUAUACUAAGUAUAAAUAAAAAUAAUAGUCUGUAGGUAUAUUUAACUGUGAUUAUAGUUCGUCUUUAUAAAAUUUAGAGCAAAUUGCU